UAGGUUGUUUAGACACUUGACCUGGUCACACUGGCAGAUUACGCGACCGAAAAUAAGUCUGCGUUUUCCGAUUAAAUUGUCUGGUUUCUUGUGAGGAAAUCACCGACUUAGCCAGCCAAAAUGAUGCACAAGGUGGUCCGGCAGAUGGCCCAACUGCGUUUGCAGGCGCCGCCGGGAGCAGUGCUCCUAAAAACGGGUGAAUCCCCAAGCGCCAUGCUGAGCCACACACAUUCGCCACCUGCCUUCCAAGUGAAAUCCCUGCACACGGCAGCUUCGGCCGGAUCCGGAUUUCUGUGUGCCAAAUGGAACAAGUACAACUACGGACCCCAGAAAUGGCUGCAGUACAACAAGACGGUCCAUCCGCCGCAGGAAACGGACGAGGAGCCCCGGAAGGCGUACGUCUGCCAUAUGCGCAACAAUAUCAAAUACAGUCCGGACAAGAUGUGGUACAUCGCCGCCUUCGUUCGCGGCAUGUCCGUCGACGAGGCACUGAAGCAACUGAACUUUGUGCUCAAAAAGGGAGCCACCGAUGUCAAGGAGACCAUUCUGGAGGCCCAGCAAAUGGCCGUGGAGCGGCACAAUGUGGAGUACAAGAGCAAUCUGUGGAUAGCGGAAUCCUUUGUGGGGAAGGGACGCGUCUUCAAGGGCGUAAGGCGCCAUGGCCGCGGGCGUUUCGGCAAGGUGGAGUACAAGCACUGCCACUAUUUUGUGAGACUCGAGGAGGGUGAGCCGCCACAGCACUACUACCAGGAGCCACAGACGCCGGAACAGCAGUACGAGCACUGGCUGGAGCAGAUGCGCAGCCGGAAGGUCAUCAACUCACUGUAGCCUUUCAUAUUACCAAUCCGCACUUUUCCACUCCUCCUCUGCCAUCGCGUCCCUACAUAUUAGGCAUUUUUUGUUUUUAGAAGAUUGUUUAAUAAAAAAAAACAAAAGAAAAUA